AUGGAAGAAAAUGAUCAGCUAUACAUUCCCCAAGUUGCAGAUGAUCAAAAGCCAAAAUAUGGGAUGGAAUUCUCAUCAAUAAAGGAGUUCAUAGAAGCUAUGCCUAAAGGUGCAGCAAAUGUGAUCAUCACUGAUCAGGAUCCUGCUAUGACGAAAGUCAUUGCCCAAGUUUUCCCUCAGACAGUGCAUCGAUAUUAUUUAUGGCACAUACUGAACAAAUUUUCAAGUAAAUUACACCCUUUAACUUUUCGUGACUACUACCAAAGCAUAAAGAAUGUCAUUGGGAAUUCUACCACACCUGAUGAAUUUGAAAAUUCAUGGGAAGAGGUUAUUAAGUGUGCUAACUUGGAGAAAAAUGAAUUGUUGUCUUCGAUGUAUGAAUUGCGACACAAGUGGGUGCCAGCAUAUUUUAGUCAUAUAUUUUGUGCUGGAAUGUCAAGUAGUCAAAGAUCUGAAGGUUCACAUGCAUUUUUUAAGAGAUAUGUUUCAAAUAAGAACUCAUUGAUGGAUUUUAUCAUCCGUUUCAAUAGGGAACUGAAACACCAAAGACACAGUGAGUUAGUUGCUGGCCAUAUUGAUAUGAAUGAGCAUCCUAGGAUUAAGACGAACUGGCCAAUGGAAACUCAAAUGGUUAAGUUGUACACGAAAAAGAAAUUGUUGGAGUUUUAA